AAAAUACAGUAAUCGAUUGUCUUCGCUUGCUAUGCAUGGGAAGGUCAGUGACGAGGUUUACAUUGAUUUUAUACGAAAUCGAUGUGGUUUCAUCAGGUCCCACUAGGCCUAGGUACUCAGCCAGAGAGUGCAAGUGAAAUUAGAAACGCAUUCCAUGGGGAGUUUGGUUGAUGAUAAUAUUGUUAGCCUUUGAUUGCUACAAACUUAAAUUGUCAUCAUGGUGCAUGGAAUGCGUCAGAGACGCCACAUCCCAACCUGGACAGCCGUGAUAGCUGCCUGCAGCCUGGUGUCCAUCUUAAUAAUGCUGCACUUGCUCCUAGUUGAUCAGAGAGGAAACCCAAAGCUUGAAAUGGAGAAGAAGUGGGAAAAUAUCCGAACCAUGGAGAAGAAAAUGGAAGAGAUGAAACAGAACGUUGCAAAAGCUGAUGCGUACAAGGCAGAAUUGAUGGAAAUGGUGAAGUCAUGUAACGUCACAGCAGGACAACAAGGUAAUAGAUGUCGUGGUCUCUUAGCACUUGAUUUACCCAAGUUAGAGACACUGCCAAAUGAUCUGCUAAAUCGUGAAGUAGACAAUACUGGACUAUUAGGCUGUAGUGAAAUUGAUUCAUUAAAAAUAAUCAAGCAAAUCCAUAAAGGUGGGAAUAAAGUUGUCCAAAGUGCUCAACAUGGCAAAAGGCAAGUUGCGGUUAAGAGCGCUGCAUUAGAGGUUCGGAAUGUACAGAACUGUUUAAAGCGAAAGACAUUCAAAAAGAAAGAGGAUUGUUACAUUUUAGCAAAUUAUGAGGUUGUGCGCGAGAACUUGCUAUUGAGGCAAAUACAGCACUCAGGCGUCCCAAAGAUGUUGGGUAUGUGUGUUCGAAGUGAGGUAAGCAGUGGUGACAUCAAGGAACGUGGUGUAUCAUUGGUAGUAGAGUUAGGAAGGCAGGUGGAUUUAACAGAGUUGAUGUCACUGUCAUUGAAAGAAAGAAUCAAGAUAACAAUGGACUUUGGUGGCCUUCUUUUGUAUUUCGCACAUUCAUCACUAGGUAGCAUGAGAAUACAAAAGUUCAAAUUGAACCGGUUUAUACUAGCUGAUGACAAGAUCAAACUGGCUGAUGUCAAUGAACUGACCAGUCUUGAACCAGAAUGUGAUGUUCAAUACAGAUGUCUCUUGAAUGGCACAGAGAUAGAAAGUAUAAAGUGCUUUGACAAUAGGUGCAUUGGAAUGAAUGAGCAACUCAAUUUACAAGCAGCCAACAAGAUAUUUUUUAAGCCCCUCCUUCAUGUUCCUGUUACCAACCCAAGAGCCACUGAAAUUCGCCAACUUCUAAAGGACAUCGAAGCCUACAAGAUGACCUCUGACCAUGUAUAUCUUCGUUUGAAUUCUCUAUACCGUAGUUACAAUACAUGAGCAAGAACCAAAUACAUUUAAUUACCUCGUACAAUACAAAGGCCAACAAGAAGAUUUGAAGAAGACAAAUUGCUUCAAUGAAGUGAAGUUUUCACAAUGAAAGAGAGAUUGCCACAAUGAAAACAAAACUAUUAUAUUGUAGUAAAAUGCUUACAUUAAUUUUUUGGAUUUUUUUCUUUGUAAUUUUACUCUGUCAAUGUGCAAUGCCACUUUCAUUACUUUCAGUAUUUCUGCAUUGGAUGGAUAUUAUUUAGCUUGUACCUUGUAAAGUGCAUACUGUAUGAGGAGGUACCUUCAACAUCAUAAAAUUGUAUAUAUUUAUAGUCAUACACACCAGCAACAUCGACAGUAAUCAUUGGCAUCUUGCCAUAGUUGUUGUUAUGUAGAUGACCUCACCUCAAAACAGUUUCCAGAGCGUGUUCUUCAAUUCUUCUGGCUCUACACAAUAACAUAAAACAAUAUCAACAUUUGUUCCUUUGAGUAUGUUUGUUUUUUGCUUUAUGAAGAUUUGGUUUUAAAAAUACUUGGUCGUUUGAACUAGGCUUAUCUAUGGCUGUUCAUGUAGCUUUGGUGUUUUUUUUUUGUUUUUUUUAUCCCCAUGUUUGUUACUGUGGCUGUUUUUCAGCCAUGCUGUCUCAGAGUGAUUCCUACCUCUACACUUUUCUGCAUUUUUUAAAACCAAAAACUAGGUAAUCUCUGCCAGUUGUGUGCUUGUGUGUUAACCCACAGUACUUACACUAUUUGGCCUGGCAGUCAUGUUGCCUGAUUGACUAAUUUAUCUUCUAGCAUAACCCACUGCUACUCCUGGUGGUACAUGGCCUGAGUUGUUGAGUCAUAAAAGCUGUCAGGCAAAAACUGAUUUUCUAAAGCCAGAGACAGCUGGCCUGAGACUUCCAUGUUCAAGCAUCUAGACAUAAGCUAACAUUUUUGUAGCCAAUCCAUCCACAGCUUGCCUGCUUUCUGUGGGUUUUUGUCCGGAAAUAGUUCUGCUCUCAGCGACCUAGUGUUGACCACUGUCACCACCUUGAAGUAUUAGGCAAUACUGUACUAAACCUGCAUUAUCUUUGCAAUAUGCUGCUUUGAGGUGUGGAUACCUGUGUAUCUUCUGUCUGUGCUGCUUCCCUCAAGAAUGGAUUUUAAAUCCCAUUUCUUGUGUAUUGCUUUUUUUUUUCAAAUGUUCAUUGUUUGGAUAAUGUGUUUUAAUAUUCUUUCAUUAGAAUUUGUAAACUUGCAGUUAUUGUCUUCCUAUCUCUGCUGUGAAGCGUAUUGGCAAGUACCUUCAUUAGACCCAGGACUCUAUUUUAAAAACAAUUAUCCAGCAUGGUGCUUGUUCACCCGAGUCUGAAAAUAUUUUUCCAAUUUAUUUUUGAGUUUCUCAUACAAAUUUCCUCUUCAGUUCUUUUAUCUAGAAAUUUUCCUAAUCAGCAUAGUUCAUCCUUUUUAUCUUGGCAGUGGCCUAUAUAGGGCGGAGGGGGAGUCAGGGGUGCAUUCCCCCAUAAAAUUACUCGCGUGCCCCCAGUUCACCUAAAUCACCUUAUUUUGUGAAUUAGUGCCCCUCUACUGAUCAUCAAGCCCCCACUUCACAUUUGCAUUGCUCCCCCCAACUUCACCUUCGCACCCCUACUUAAUUUUUCGCUCCCCCCGCAACCACACAAGUAUCACAUUCAUAACAUCACUAGUAACAUUGUAUUCAAUUAUCGAGGUUGUCUGCAUAACAACAGCAACUAUGGAAGGCCAUUAUUGCAAUAAUCACUCAGAAUAUUACAAUAUCCUGCUUGUGACAGAUGAUGUUGCUGACAAUGGCUUUCAACCCUAUUUCUGUUUGAAAUCAGGGGUGGCGCCAGCGAGGGGCCAGACCCCCCUCCCCCGGUCGGGGAGAAGAAGCACAAUUCGUCGGGGAGAAAAAAAAUUAUAUGUAUUUUGUACAUAUUAGUAGACUCUAAAAUCGA